GGAGAAGCUGCAGGCCUCCGAGGACGCCAAGGACGAGGUGGAGAGGAGCCUCGAGGCGAUGACGGCCGAGCGCGACGAGCUGGCGGAGAAGCUGCGGGCCACUGAGGACGCCAAGAGAGAGGUUGAUAGGAAGUACUUGAGAUUGACUGAGGGUUAUGUUAAAGUUCGUCGGAUGUGUACCGAAAAGGAUCUGCGUUUGCGUGUUGUGCAUGAUUAUCUUAAUCGGGGCUCUGAGGCAGAUGUUGACGAGGAAAAAAAUUUUGCUGUUUCCAAGGCUUUGUUGUCAUCCCGGCGAAACCUUGAAAAAGAGAAUCUAGGUCAAUGA